UUCAGCACCAUGGGCACGAGCGCGUCCAAGCAGCUCUACGACGCGGCCGCGUCCAACGACGUCGCCAAGCUCCGGACGCUCGUCAAGGAGGGCGUUGAUCUCCACCAGAGCGCUGGCACGGACGGGAUCUGUAUCCUCCACGUUGCGGCCGAGAAGGGCCACAAAAAAGUCAUCACGUAUCUCCUGGACAAGGGUAUGGCGAUCGACCGCAAGACCAGCAACGGCCGGUCACCCUUGUACAUUGCGGCCAAGCAUGGCAACGUUGAAGCCGUCCGCGUCUUGGUCGAGCGCGGGGCCGAUAUCGAGUCCAAUCGAAAGAACGGACGCACAGCCCUCGUCGUUGCGGCCAAGAAAGGGCAUCUCGAGGUCGUGCAAUACCUCGCCGGGCGAGAAGCCAACCUCGAGGCCUGCCGAAGGGAUCUUCGCACGCCCUUGUACAUGGCUGCGAAGAAGGGUCAUGUUGAAGUGGCGCAAUUUCUCAUCGACAGCCAAGCCAAUAUGGAAGCCGCGAGCAUCGAUGGCACGACGCCGCUGAUCGCAGCCGCUGCCAAAGGCCAUGUGGCCAUGGUCCACGUCCUUCUCGAGCACGGCGCACAGAUCGAAAGCGCACGCAAGGACGCCUGCACCGCGCUGUAUGUGGCGGCGCAGCGAGGCCACCUUCGCAUCGUCAAGGCGCUUGUCGAACAACAUGCGACCCUCGAGGCCCGCGACAACGUGCUGGGCAUCACGCCACUGGCCGUCGCCGCCAUUGAAGGCCACCUCGAGGUCGUCAAGUACCUGUUGUCCCACACGCCUGCGUUCGUCUCGAGCAACCAGGACGGGUCGACGCAAAUUGUGAACGCAGCUGCGCUGACGUACUCGGACGUCGCCGACGCGAUCGCAGAGCUCGAGCACCCGGACCGCUUCAGCGUCCAGAGUGUCAAGAAGGUCUUUAGCUUCUGAUCGCGGAUCCUUGGGUGAUAGGUGGGUUGUCGUUCUAAUAUUAUUCCGCUUCUGUUCCA